CCGACCACAAUAAAAUACACAAAUCCAAUUUAAAUUGACCAUUUCUGCCGUAUUCAAUUAUUUAAAUCUCUUUAUCGUUCAUAGGUCUCCUUAAACUGGUUAUGAGUGUAUUACAUUGCCAUUCGAUUGUAACCCUUAUUACUUAACAAUGAUGAGCGAAGUCGGAUUAUAUUGAAACUCGAAGGUAUCAUUCGGUUGUGUCAUUCAAUUCAGAUACUUGCGCGGAUAGGACGCGUUUUGAAUCCUACAGAGAAAUGUUUGUUUUUUGUUAUCAAACAAUGUGUAUACUAAGAUAGUGUUAUUAAAAUAUCGUUUGUUCAAGAUUAAUUUAAUUGUGAUUGAACAUUGACUCAUUGGAAGUAUUUGUGAUCAAAUCGAAUAAACUCAAUAAGGUUAUUGUGACGGUAGAUUUAUAACCUAAAAAAAUAUGGAGCCAACAACAGCAAAAGUGAUAUCAAUGUUGGCGCUAGGAUUUGGAAGCUUCUUCAGCGGAGUGGUGCCAGCCUGUUUCUCAGAGGGAGCGAGACAACGGCAUCCUCUUCUCCUCUCAUGUCUCCUUUGCUUCGGAGGCGGAGUUCUUCUCUCCACCUCUCUUGUCCACAUGAUGCCAGAAGCAAGGGAAAAGCUGCCGAAAUACACAGAACUUAUGGUCUGCAUUGGAUUUUUCAUAGUCUACUUCGUUGACGAACUAGUACAUCUUUUUCACGGAGAGAGACAAGUCCAUGAGGAAAUUCAAAGGUACGGGAGUGUGGAGGAUACUGCACUACUCGUGAGGAAUGCGGAGAUCCGGGAGCGAUGCGCGGGGGACGUCGGGGACUCCAGGAUGUGCCAUGUCAGUCAUACUGAGCCAUGCAGUAAGAGUUCUUCGGGCAUUAUUGGAUUGCUGGUUGCGCUGUUCGUGCACAGUUUGCUUGAGGGAUUAGCGAUUGGAUUGCAGGAGAGUUCCACUAAGGUGUUUCUGCUACUAAGCGCUGUCGCCUCGCACAAGUUCGUGGUGGGUUUCUGCCUCGGCGCCGAGCUGUGCGCCAGCCUUCCACAGCGGUUGUGCGCGCACAUCGUCUGCAUCACGCUGUUCAGUGCGGGCUCUGUGGCCGGCAUCGCGGCGGGCGCUGGUCUAGAAACUAUCGACACGCUAAAGAAUUCUAUAGCUGUACCUAUUAUGCAGGCGCUAGCGGCUGGUACGCUGUUGUACGUGACAGUAAGCGAGGUGCUUCCUCGAGAGAGAGCUCGCUGGCACGAACGCAAACGUAGUGCUGGAAUCGCACAGUUUGUUGCUGUUGUUAUCGGAUUUGGAUUUAUGUAUUUGUGUACAAUGUAUCUGGAUUAUGACGCUUAGAAACCACUGGUAUUGAUAGUUUUUAAGUAUAAGUACUUAAAUUUAAGUGUAUCUUUGUGACUCAGUAGUGUAAGUAUAAUAUAACGCCUAAAGGUUAUAACGACAAUAAAAGAUUUUUUUGCUA